AGCGUGCGUGGAAAGGGCGCCCCGUACCCGCCCCACGACCCGGCGUCCGCCGCGGGCGCGCGCUCGCACGCCGGAAGGGGCGGAGCCAGGCGGGGCUUUAUAAAUGGCUCGCCGGCAGAGCCCCGACCUCUACCGGCAGCAUUCGGCGGCGGGAAUGUCUCACAGGAAGUUCUCCGCUCCCAGGCAUGGGUCCCUGGGCUUCUUGCCUCGGAAGCGCAGCAGCCGACACCGUGGGAAGGUGAAGAGCUUCCCCAAGGAUGACUCUUCAAAGCCCGUCCACCUCACCGCCUUCUUGGGCUACAAGGCCGGCAUGACUCACAUCGUGCGGGAGGUCGACAGGCCAGGAUCCAAGGUGAACAAGAAGGAGGUCGUGGAGGCUGUGACCAUUGUGGAGACCCCGCCCAUGGUGGUUGUGGGCGUCGUGGGCUACGUGGAAACCCCUCGAGGCCUUCGUACCUUUAAGACCAUCUUCGCUGAGCACAUCAGUGAUGAGUGCAAAAGGCGCUUCUAUAAGAACUGGCAUAAGUCCAAGAAGAAGGCCUUCACCAAGUACUGCAAGAAGUGGCAGGAUGACGACGGCAAGAAGCAGCUGGAGAAGGACUUCAGCAGCAUGAAGAAGUACUGCCAGGUGAUCCGCGUCAUCGCCCACACUCAGAUGCGCCUGCUCCCUCUACGCCAGAAGAAGGCCCACCUCAUGGAGAUCCAGGUGAACGGAGGCACGGUGGCCGAGAAGCUGGACUGGGCCCGUGAGAGGCUGGAGCAGCAGGUGCCUGUGAAUCAGGUGUUCGGGCAGGACGAGAUGAUCGAUGUCAUCGGCGUCACCAAGGGCAAAGGCUACAAAGGGGUCACCAGCCGCUGGCACACGAAGAAGCUACCCCGCAAAACCCACCGAGGGCUGCGCAAGGUGGCCUGUAUUGGGGCCUGGCAUCCUGCCCGAGUGGCCUUUUCUGUGGCUCGGGCUGGGCAGAAAGGCUACCAUCACCGCACCGAGAUCAACAAGAAGAUCUACAAGAUCGGCCAGGGCUACCUCAUCAAGGACGGCAAGCUGAUCAAGAACAAUGCUUCCACCGAUUAUGAUUUGUCUGACAAGAGCAUCAACCCUCUGGGUGGCUUUGUCCACUAUGGUGAAGUGACCAAUGACUUUGUCAUGCUGAAAGGCUGUGUGGUGGGAACCAAGAAGCGAGUGCUCACUCUUCGCAAGUCCUUGCUGGUGCAGACCAAGCGGCGGGCCCUGGAGAAGAUUGACCUUAAAUUCAUCGACACCACCUCCAAGUUUGGCCAUGGCCGAUUCCAGACCGUGGAGGAGAAGAAAGCAUUCAUGGGACCACUUAAGAAAGACCGAAUUGCAAAGGAAGAAGGAGCUUAACGUCAGGAGCAGAUUGUGCAGCUGGUGGGAUCUCAGUAAAACUAGUUUUCCAGUGA